AUGGAAUCCAGCAUCUUCAAUCUGGACCAAGAAGACCUGGAGGAACAGUCUCUCUCACCUUCCAGGAGCAGGAGCAGAGAAGAGGAACUGGAGGAGGAGUUUGUCGAGGGGGUGGACGAAGGGUGGAACACCGAACCAUCUCCAGAAGUUUCUUUCAUCAUCCCAGAAGUAGUAACGGAGUUUCUUUCGGAGUCCGAUCUCGAAGAGCGUGGACACCCGCUUACCCCUCCCCCUUCGCUGGAGGGGGUGUUCCGAAACAACCUGGUGGAAGAACCCAAUUUCGCAAUAGAGACGGUUUUGGGAGAAGUCCGAGCAAAUAUCUUGACGGCGGCAGAGGAGGAAGCGAGGGCCCUGGCUAGCGAAUUAAGGGAUGGCGACGACGACGACGACGACGACGAGGACGACAACAGAGAAUGUGAACCGCACAAUGUCCUGACCUGCAGGGUGUGCCAGCUUUUUGUGCGAACCGUCGACAGGCUGCUGGACAAGUCGGAGGAGCUGAUGGAUCAUUACCUACCUCUUACCGAAGAGGAGAUCGGAAAUCUGAAGAAAGCCGUCGAGGAGAUAGAAGACACGUCCAUAGACCACCGGAUGCAAGCCUGCCUUUUGCGGAUCAACGACCUGUCCAACAAACUCCGCCAAAGGGCCUACAUGAUGGCACUGAGCAAGCUGCGUUUCACGAGACGCAAUACCCAAGCGAGCAUCAGUCAGCUACACGAGACGUUGGACGUGAUUGAUCAGGUGCAGCACAGAGGAGAGCUGGAGAUUGGUCCGUCCAACGAACGGAUGAGCAUGGUCUGCGUGGAGUGGAGCGCGAGCCCGCGGCGGGAUUCUGCCAGGGGGAACGAAGAUCUCAACACCCUGGACAUUGGGGUGCCUUGUGUUCAGAGUGCCAUGGUCGGGAGAGGAGGACCUGGGGAGCCUUGCGACCACAGCACCACGAUUGAGUGCGAGGAAAUCGGGGUGUCUGAAGCUCACAGCACCACGAUCGAGUGCGAGGAAAUCGGGGGGCCUCCUGCUGAGAGCACCACGAUAGAGUGCGAGGAAAUCGGGCCGCCUCGUGCUCACAGCACCGUCGUAGAGUGUGAGGAAAUCAGCCACCCGCAGGUUGAGGUGACGCCCACAGAGGUCAGCCUCCCACAGCAGCUGGAGAUGCCGUCCAUUCCAAUCUGCACCCCAGAAAUAGUUGAGCUGCCACCCCCGGCAAUCGUCAUCCCGGUGAACGUUGAGGUACCGCCCCCACCAAUAAUUAUCCCGGUGAAGGUUGAGAUGGCUCCUGCACCGAUCAUCAUCCCGGUGAAAGUUGAGAUGCCGCCCGCACCCCCCUGUCCCCGCAAGAAGGUGGAGAGACCCAAGGACCGCAGCUACAGAGAUGUGUCUAACAUAACAUUAACGGCACCAGGUUGCGAUGAGGAGGACGAGAUCACCCUACGGCUGCGCGAUGAGGCAGAUGAGGAGGACAGCCCUACCUCCGAGAUAGAAGCCAAGACAUUGGCAAAGUCCCGAAGCCUGACCCAUAACCUCCAGGGCACAUACGAGAACCUUGUGGCCAGCCUGAAAGACCUCCCAGAAGAGCUCCGGAACAAGCUGUCCCAAACCAGCCGGCACAUUAAAGAGCUCCACUGUGAUUUUGCCUCGGCCCACAGUUUUGAAGAUUUGGCUGACAAUGUCUUGAACAAGAGCUUUGCGAUCAUGGCUGAAGCCCAGGGCUCCAUGGAUGAACUGAUGGAGUAUGCUUUGCAAAGUCCCGAAUCUCUCUUGUGGAUGAAGGACCACCUGCCUAACCCAGACACGGAGGAGAAAGAGGUGGUGAAGGAUGCUCCUCUUUCCACGGAGAAAGAAGAGGCGGAGGUCCAACCUUCUCAGAAUCAGGAGUUGGAGCGGAACUCAUUGAAAAGCCGAAAGUCAUACGAUCAAACAGGUGGUGAAGGGGAAACUUCUUCAAGUAAGGAAGAGGAGGUCCAAUCUUUGCACAGUCAAGAGCUGGAGCGGAACUCGUUGAAAAGCCAAAAGUCAUACGAGCCAAAAGGUGGUGAUGAGGAAGUUUCUUCAAAUAAGGAAGAGGAGGUCCAAUCUUCUCAGAAUCAGGAGUUGGAGCGGAGCUCAUUGAAAAGCCAAAAGUCAUACGAGCCAAAAGGUGGUGAUGAGGAGGUUUCUUCAAAUAAGGAAGAGGAGGUCCAAUCUUUGCACAGUCAAGAGCAGGAGCGGAGCUCAUUGAAAAGCCAAGUGUCAUACGAGCCAAAAGGUGGUGAUGAAGAAGUUUCUUCAAAUAAGGAAGAGGAGGUCCAAUCUUUGCACAGUCAAGAGAUGGAGCGGAACUCAUUGAAAAGCCAAAAGUCAUAUGAUCAAAAAGGUGGUGAUGAAGAAGUUUCUUCAAAUAAGGAAGAGGAGGUCCAAUCUUUGCACAGUCAAGAGCUGGAGUGGAACUCAUUGAAAAGCCAAAUGUCAUACGAGCCAAAAGGUGGUGAUGAGGAAGUUUCUUCAAAUAAGGAAGAGGAGGUUCAACCUUCUCACAACCAGGAGUUGGAGCGGAGCUCAUUGAAAAGCCAAAAGUCAUACGAGCAAAAAGGCGGUGAUGAGGAAGUUUCUUCAAAUAAGGAAGAGGAGGUCCAAUCUCUGCACAGUCAAGAGAUGGAGCGGAGCUCAUUGAAAAGCCAAAAGUCAUAUGAUCAAAAAGGCGGUGAUGAAGAAGUUUCUUCAAAUAAGAAAGAGGAGGUCCAACCUUCUGGCAAGCAGAAGACAGAGAAGCAGAACUCACUGGAACUCCAACAGGUCUACGACCCAAAAGGUUGCGAUGCGGAAGCUUCUACAAAUAAGGAAAAGGAGGUCCAACCUCCUCACAAGCGGGAGAUGGAGAGAAGAAGCAUCCUCAAAAUACAGCAGGCUUACGACCCGAAAGGUUGCGAUGAGGAAGCUUCUACAAAUAAGGAAGAGGAGGUUCAACCUUCUCACAAGUGGGAGAUGGAGUGCCGGAACAUCCUCAAAAUCCAGCAGGCUUACGACCCAAAAGGUUGUGAAGAGGAAGAACCUUCCAGCAAGGAGGAAGUGGCCCAACUUUCUAGCAAACCGGUGGAGGACAUCCUGAAAAUCCAGGCGGCCUACGACCCCAAAGGUUGUGACGAUGAAUCCUAUACGGGCAAGGAGGAGAAGGUGUUCCGGACCUCUGGAACACAGGAAGUGGAGCAUGACGAACCUCCUUCUAGGAAAGAGGAGACCCCACCUUCUGGCAAAAAGGAGGCAAAGGAGUGGAAUAUACUGAAAAUCCUGCAAGCUUACACACCAAAAUUUGCUGAUGAUAGAUGGGAAGAGAUGGAGGAGGAUGUCACACCUACUAGCCAAGAGGAGGACAAAGAGCGGAAUAUACUGAAAAUUCAACAGGCCUAUGACCCAAAAGGUUGUGAUGAGGAAGCUUCUAUGAAUAAGGAAGAGGAGGUUCAACCAUCUGACAAGUGUGAGAUGGAAGGGUGGAGCAUUCUCAAACUCCAGCAGACUUACGACCCAAAAGACUGCGAUGAGGAUACACCUUCCAGUAAGGGGGAGGAAGCAGUCCAACUUUCUGGCGAAGUAGUGGAGGACAUCCUGAAAAUCCAGGAGACCUACGACCCCAAAGGCUGCGAUGAUGAAUCCUAUACGGGUAAGGAGGAGAAGGUGUUCCGGACCUCUGGAACACAGGAAGUGGAGCAUGACGAACCUCCUUCUAGGAAAGAGGAGAUCCCACCUUCUGGCAAAAAGGAGGCAAAGGAGUGGAAUAUACUGAAAAUCUUGCAAGCUUACACACCCAAAUUUGCUGAUGACAGAUGGGAAGAGAUGGAGGAGGAUGUCUCACCUCCCAGCCAAGAGGAGGACAAAGAGCGGAAUAUACUGAAAAUUCAACAGGCCUACGACCCCAAAGGUUGCAACGAGGAAGCGUCUAUGAAUAAGGAAGAGGAGGUUCAACCUUCUAGCAAGAGGGAGACCGAGGGGUGCAGCAUUCUGAAACUGCAGCAGACUUACGACCCAAAAGGCUGCAAUGAGGAAGCACCUUCCAGUAAGGGGGAGGAGGAAGUGGUCCAACCUUCUGGCAAACCGGUGGAGGACAUCCUGAAAAUCCAGGAGACCUACGACCCCAAAGGCUGCGAUGAUGCAUCCUAUACAGGUAAGGAGGAGAAGGUGUUCCGAACUUCUGGAACACAGGAGAACGACAAGACUCCUUCUAGGGAAGAGACCCCACCUUCGGGGAAAGAGCAGGCAAAGGACUGGGAUAUAUUUAAAAUCCUGAAAGUUAAUAUGCCAAAAUUUUCUGAUGACGAAUCAUCUUCCGGCAGGAAGGAGGAGAUGGAAGUCCCACCUCCCAGCCAAGAGGAGGAAAAAGAGCGGAAUAUACUGAAAAUUCAACAAGCCUAUGACCCAAAAGCUUGUGACGAGGAAGCUUCUACAAAUAAGGAAGAGGUUCAACCUUCUGGCAAGGGGGAGAUGGACAGACGGAACAUCCUCAAAAUCCAGCAGGCUUACGACCCAAAAAGUUGUGAAGAGGAAACAUCUUCCAGGAAGGAGGAGGUUGUCCAACCUUCUGGCAAACCGGUGGAGGACAUCCUGAAAAUCCAGGCGACUUACGACCCCAAAGGCUGCGAUGAUGAAUCCUAUACGGGAAAGGAGGAGAAGGUGUUCCGAACACCCGACAAUGACGAGGUGCAGAAUGACAAAACUCAUUCUAGGAAAGAGGAGGACGUCCCGCCUUCUGGCCAAGAGGAAGGAAAGGACUGGAAGAUCCUGAAAAUGCUGCAAGCUUACAAGCCAAAGUUUUCCGACGGUGAAUCGCCUUCUGGCAGGGAGAAAGAAGAAGUCGUGGUGGCCCCACCUCCUCAAAUGGAGGUGAGGGAGUUGAACAUACUGAAACUGCAACAGGCCUACGACCCAAAAGGGUGCGACGAAGACUCCCCCAUCUGCAGAGAGGAGGCCCAGCCUUCUGGCAAACCAGAAAUGGAAGGCUGGAACAUCCUCAAAAUCCAACAGGCCUACGACCCAAAGGGAUGCGACGACGAAGGCCCUAAGGAGGAGUUCCAACAUUUCGGCCAGUGGAACCUGCAGGGAUAUAACAUGCUGAAGGUACAGCAAGCCUACGACCCCAAAAGCUGCCCUGAUGAUGAUAAAUAAGUCAAGACUCCAAAAGAGCAGAGCUACACGCUUCUGAACCCAAUGAAGCCGGCAAACUGGGGUGGAUUUCACUUGAAAGGCUUGCCUGAGUUUUCCAAGGGACGGGUCUGGGGCUCGGUCACUAAAAUAAGAGAGGCAAUUUGGAACUUCA